AUGAUUUUCCAAGAAGACCGAUGGAGAAUGAUAAUAGAUGUUUUCGAAAAGAAUGCUUCUCCUAAUUUCAUUGGUUGGAAUACAGUACAGAAAAGGAUGCGGCGAUUGUCAUUUCAUGGUCAUAAUGAAUCGAAAGAAUCUCUUAAUAGAGGAAAUCUAAUUGAGUUAUUGAACUGGUACGCAGCUCGUUAUAAGGAAAUUAAAGAAGUAUUAUUUAGUAGUGCUCCUGGAAAUGAUCAAAUGACUUCACCAACCAUCCAAAAGGAUUUGGUUAAUUGUUGUGCCGUAGAGACGACAAGGGCUAUUAUCAAUGAGAUUGGUGAUUCUUUGUUUUCAAUUUUAGUUGAUGAGGCUCGUGAUAAUUCUAUGAAAGAACAAAUGACAGUUGUUUUAAGAUUUGUUGAUAAAAGUGGGCGAGUGAAGGAGCGUUUUUUGGGUAUGUCCCAUGUCACUGAUACUUGUACCCAAUCACUGAAGGAUGCCAUUGAUGCAAUACUUUCUACACAUGUAUUGAGUAUAUCUAGUCUGAGUGGUCAAAGCUAUGAUGAAGCAAGUAAUAUGUCAGGUGAGUUCAAUGGGUUGAAAGCUUUAAUUCUUAGAGAGAACUUACAUGCUAUGUAUGUUCAUUGCUUCACUUACCAACUUCAGUUGGCAAUUGUAUAUGUGGGACGUAGGAAUUGUAUGCGUGUAGAUGCUCUUCGAACAAGUUAUCAAGCUAAUAUUCUAGAGAAGCUUAAUACUAGGGAACUUACUGGUGGAAGUGGUCAGUUUCAAGAAAUGAGUUUAGCACGCCCAGGUGAUACUAGGUGGGGCUCACAUUUAUUGAAAGUUACUCGUUUCAUUAAUAUGUUUAAUGCUAUUAUAGAUGUUCUUGAGAAUAUAUCAGAAGAUGGCGUACAUUCAGAUAAAAAAUCUUCGGCCUUAAGACAGAUGAACAAUAUAGAAGAUUUUGAGUUUGUGUUCAUUCUUUACUUUAUGUUUGAAAUUCUUGCAAUUACAGACGACCAUUCACAAGCCUUACAGAAAAAGGAUCAGGAUAUUCAGAAUGCUAUUAGUUUAUUGAAUUUGUGUAAGUGUGCAUUACAGAACUUGAGAAAGAAUGGUUGGGAUACUUUGUUCAGUAGUGUGACUGAGUUUUGUGUUGAUAGACAUAUUUUAGUGCCUAAUAUGGAGGAUAUUGUAGUAGUGAAAGGUCAACUAGGCGUUCCAAGAGAUUCAUUUGUAGCUUUUGAUAAGGAUAAAUUGCUACAUCUUGCUCAGUUCUAUCCUUUGGACUUCAAUAGUGAAGAACUUUUAUUACUUAGACCUCAGCUUGAUAAGUUUCUUUUGCUUGUGAGAAUGGACGAAGCUUUCUUUAAUCUCAGUAGUAUAUCCUGUGUAACUCAGAAGUUGAUUGAAACUAGAAGUUUCUGUUAUUUUCCAUUGGUUUAUAGGCUGCUCACCUUGGCUUUGACAUUACCCAUGGCAAUUACAAGUGUUGAAAGGGUAUUUUCUGCUAUGAAUCUAAUCAAGAGUGAUUUGCGCAACAAAAUGGGAUAUGACUAG